AUGCGUGGUUUUAACAUGGGACUCGGCGCUAUCGCCCUCCAGGUCGCUGCCGUCUCUGGUCUCAAGUACGGUGAGCAGUACUCGAACACCACCGUGAUCGGCUCGCAGGGACUCGUCACGAGCUCUGUCGAGAUGACGACGCAGACCAUCUACGCCACCAAAGUCCGCACCAUUACCUCCUGCAAGCCCGAAGUUACCAACUGCCCGGCCGGCGGCCAUCACGUCACAACUGAGACCAUCGCCAUCUCAACGACCGUCUGCCCCGUGUCCGAGGCCGACAAGACCAAGCCUACCACCACCCCUACCCCCACGCAGUGGACGACCUCGACUGUCUACACGACCAACGUUCGCACCAUCACCUCGUGCCCUCCCCAGGUCCCCAACUGCCCCGCCGGUCACCACGUCACCACCGAGACCAUCGCCGUCUCGACCACCGUGUGCCCCGUCACUGAUGACGAUGACGAGCCCACUUCUACCCCUGCCCCCACGCAGUGGAACGACCUCGACCGUCUACACGACCAACGUUCGCACCAUCACCUCGUGCCCUCCCCAGGUCCCCAACUGCCCCGGCGCACCCACGUCACCACCGAGACCAUCGCCCUCUCGACCACCGUGUGCCCCGUCACCGAGAGCCACCCCCCUAAGACCCUGGUCACGCAGAACCCUCCCCAGUCGCAGCCUCCCAAGCCUCAGCCUUCUGCCAAGACCACGGCCGUCGGCACCGGCUCCUUCCCUCCCACCCGUACCGGCACCGCUCCCAUCGGUCUCCCUACCGCUGCCGCCGGCCGUGUUGGCUCCGGUAUGGCCGGUGUCGCCGCCGGUGUCCUCAUCGCCGCCCUUCUCUAG